AGGCCACCACGGCGGACACUCAAGGCUGGCUUGAACAGAGUGAUUCCUCUCAUCUGUUAGUGUGUUGGCUACAUCCCUAGACAAGAUCUUCUGUCACUCUAAGUUCACUCUAUUAUUACAUGACAUUUACCUUGGCAUACUGUUCUGAGACUGUUGCUUUUAUAUUUACUAGUCUAAAGAGAGGUCACUACUCUUUCUGUUUUUUGAAUAGGAAACUGAACCCAUGACGUAAAUGACUUGAUCAAGUGUGCACUAUGAAUGUCAUGGGACUUGAAUUCAAUCCCAACUCUGGGUAGAUGAGAACACAUUGCUUUACUCUGGCCCUGAUUAUGUUCUUCAGAAGAUCUAAACUAUCACAGGGUUAAAUUGGGAAUUAAAACCUGAGAGAAACUGUGGUAUGCUAUUCUGUGUAUUUAUAUCAUUCUAAUAAAGCUUUUUUAUUAUUAUUAUUUCCAGGCUAGCAGACUCAAAUUUAAAAUGGAAGUUGACAUUAACGGAGAGUCCAGGUCUAUCCUAGCUACUCUCCCCCUGCCUAUUGCUGACAUGGGUGCCACAGGCAAGGUAGACUCCGAAAAACCUCGUUGUUCCAGCACUCCAAGUUCACCGAUGCGUCAGACUGUUUCAGGCUAUCAGAUUCUCCACAUGGAUUCUAACUAUUUGGUUGGUUUCACAACUGGGGAGGAGCUCUUGAAAUUAGCCCAAAAGUGCACUGUAGGCGAGGAGAAUAAAGUUGAAGUGGUGCCUACCUUGUGCUCCAAGCAGCUUGAUUCAGGACUUUCCCGAUCCUCACGGGUAUGUAAAGCUAGAAGCAGAUACUACCAGCCUUAUGAAAUCCCAGCCAUCAAUGGUCGGAGAAGGAGACGAAUGCCUAGCUCAGGGGAUAAAUGCACCAAGCCACUACCUUAUGAACCCUACAAGGCUUUCCAUGGUCCUUUGCCUCUUUGCCUUUUCAAGGGUAAAAGGGCUCACUCUAAAUCUCUAGACUACCUCAAUUUAGACAGGAUGAACAUCAAGGAACCAGCUGACACAGAAGUGCUUCAGUAUCAGCUCCAACACCUCACCCUAAGAGGGGACCGUAUGUUUGCUAGGAAUAACACAUGAAGAUAAAUUUCACGUGAUUGUUUGUGGCAUCAAAAUCCUCCAUACAAUGUGGACAGACUUGAACAUGGUACUUAUUUCCCAUCAGCAGACAAUUUACAUGAAUAAGAUUAUGAAGAUGGUGUGGGGGUGGGGGAAUCAUAUGGAAGGAACUACUGGACAAUCCUGACUGCAGAUGUCUUUAGAAGACUACGAUGAAACAGAAGGUUUUGCACAGGGAUAACUGAGAUUUCUGAUGAUGUAACAUUCAGAAAUUGAUGCUCUAACUUGUUUCUGACUGGGCUUGCUGUAAGAAAUUACUAAUGGAUACGCACUGAAAUACACUCUUAAUUCUUAAUGUUAAAAUAUGUAUGUAUGCAACAACUUUUUGCAAUGUAGAAAAGAAAAUAUUUGACUAGAACCAUGUGUUCUUUAACCUAACCCAGUUUACGUUUCUUGUAACUGGAUUUGCACUGGGAAUGAAAUUAAUCACUGAUGACAUUAAGCCUGAGAGCUUUGUACUUGUAUUACUGGAGCGAAGUUUUAAAAAGUGUAACUGAAUUAGUUUUCAUAUUUCAAAUUGAUUUCAAUGUAAUUUUUAAAAAAUAGUUUCAAGGGAAAAAUGAAAUUACUUGGAAAGCAAACAUUAAUUGUUUGAUAAAUUUAGUUCCUUCAUUUAAAAAAAAAGUCUUAACUCCUGCCUUGGAACCUUUACAUUGUAUGUAUAUAUAUAUAUCAUAAAAGUCUGCCUAUGAAUCUGCAGAAUAUGAAAGGAGUUUUAAAUUCUAGCACUACCAUAUUGCAUAGUUAUGAUGGGAGGUCUUAUCAGACCAUAUGUUUAGCACUGUACUGGAUCAUUCCAGUUUAUUUACAGCACUGAACGGGCUUUAAUAAGAAAAAAAAAGCCGUGACCAUUUCAAUACUGGACUGUAAUUUAUGUCAAAUGCACUGGUUUACAAUGCUGUUUCAAGAGAUCAUUUCCAAAUAAACCCUAAUUUAGCUAGUCUAACUUUAGUGUUUAAAAUAAUGUGUAAUUUUUUAAUCUCUUUAAAACGUGCAGUUUGUUACUGAAGCAGUGUGCGACCAUUAUAUUUUUAAUCUGUAAAUUUACUUUGAUGUGAAGGCUUAAAAUGAUUUUGUUGGAAAGGGGGUGAGGGUUUAAAAAUGAUCUGUGAAACCAAUACUUUAUUGAUCAUUCCUGGGAAAGUCCUGACUUUUCUGAAUGGAAAGCCUGGGUGUUUAUUUUUUUCUUAAGAAGAAAUGUACGUUACUUGGAAAUCAUCUCAUCUUUCCUACUUUUCCCCACUCACAGUGCAGAAUUCUUAAAUUGUUUAAAUUUAAGAAGACGCUAGUGAUUUUUACAGCAAGCUGCACUAUUCUAUUGUAGUGAGGAAUGAUUUCUUAAACUGCUUGAGAUAGCUUUUAGAGUGACCUGAAGCAUACUGUCCAAUGCCAAAGAGACGGUUUUACAAAACUUAAUGAAAAAACAUUAUUUAUUGAUUUACCCUUUGAAACAACACUGUUGGCCAUGAAAUAAAAGGGUGAUGUGCAUA